GAGGCGGGGCGCGGUGGCGGCGGCCUGGCGCUCAGCUCCGUCCGGGUCAUGGAGGCGCCCGCCACCUGCCUGCUUCUGCUCCUGUGGCUCGGGGCCUGGGCCCCAGCUCCGGGCGGCGCCUCCCCGGAGGCCCAGCCGCUGGUGAACGAGGAAGUGCUGCGCACGGUGGACCUGAGCAGCCACCUGGCCAAGGUGACGGCCGAGCUGGUCCUGGCGCACGCGGGCGGCUCCUCGUCGCGGGUCACCUCGUUGGUCCUGGCCCUGGAGCCGGAACUGGAGGCCCGGCUGGCGCACCUGGGCGUGCAGGUAAAGGGAGAAGAGGAGGAAGAGAACAAUCUAGAAGUCCGGGAAACCAAAAUUAAGGGCAAAAGCGGGAGAUUCUUCCUGGUCAAGCUCCCCGUCGCCCUUGACCCCGGGGCCAAGAUCUCCCUCGUCGUGGAGACCGUGUACACCCACGUGCUUCAGCCCUACCCGACGCAGAUCACCCAGUCGGAGAAACAGCUGGUGGUGUUCGAGGGCAACCAUUAUUUCUACUCCCCCUACCCCACCAAGACCCAGACCAUGCGCGUCAAGCUGGCCUCGCGCAACGUGGAGAGCUACACCAAGCUAGGCAGCCCCACGCGCUCGGAGGACGUGCUGGACUACGGGCCUUUCCAGAACGUUCCUGCCUACAGUCAGGAUCCUUUCAAAGUCCACUACGAGAACAACAACCCGUUCCUGACCAUCACCAGCAUGACCCGGGUCAUCGAGGUCUCCCACUGGGGGAACAUCGCCGUGGAGGAGAACGUGGACCUCAAGCACACGGGCGCCGUGCUCAAGGGGCCCUUCUCCCGCUACGACUACCAGAGGCAGCCCGACAGCGGCAUAUCCUCCAUCCGCUCCUUUAAGACCAUCCUCCCCGCUGCCGCCCAGGACGUGUACUACCGGGAUGAGAUCGGCAACGUGUCCACCAGCCACCUCCUCAUCCUGGACGACUCUGUGGAGAUGGAGAUCCGGCCUCGCUUCCCCCUCUUUGGAGGAUGGAAGACCCACUACAUCGUGGGCUACAACCUCCCGAGCUACGAGUACCUCUACAACUUGGGUGACCAGUACGCUCUCAAGAUGAGGUUCGUGGACCACGUGUUCGAUGAGCAGGUGAUCGACUCCCUGACGGUGAAGAUCAUCCUUCCCGAGGGCGCCAAGAACAUCCAGGUGGACAGUCCCUACGAGAUCAGCCGGGCCCCGGAUGAGCUGCACUACACCUACCUGGACACCUUCGGCCGCCCCGUGAUCGUCGCCCACAAGAAGAACCUGGUGGAACAGCACAUCCAGGACCUCGUGGUGCACUACACCUUCAACAAGGUGCUGAUGCUGCAGGAGCCCCUGCUGGUGGUGGCCGCCUUCUACGUCCUCUUCUUCACCGUCAUCAUCUACGUGCGCCUCGACUUCUCCAUCACCAAGGACCCGGCUGCGGAGGCCAGGAUGAAGGUGGCCUGCAUCACGGAGCAGGUCCUGAGCCUGGUGAACAAGAGGCUGGGCCUCUACCGCCACUUCGACGAGACCAUCAACAGGUACAAGCAGUCGCGCGACGUGUCCACGCUCAACAGCGGCAAGAAGGGCCUAGAGACGGAGCACAAAGCCCUGAGCAGCGAGAUCGCCCUGCUGCAGUCCCGCCUGAAGACCGAGGGCUCCGACCUCUGCGACCGAGUGAGCGAGAUGCAGAAGCUGGACGCGCAGGUCAAGGAGCUGGUCCUCAAGUCGGCCGUGGAGGCCGAGCGGCUGGUGGCCGGCAAGCUCAAGAAGGACACCUACAUCGAGAACGAGAAGCUCAUCUCAGGGAAGCGUCAGGAGCUGGUCACCAAGAUCGACCACAUCCUGGACGCCCUGUAGCCCUGCUGCCCCGAGCCCGGGCGGGUGGAGGCUGGGGAGGGAGGCUGAGGACCGGCCUCGAAGAGGCCGCCAGCUGUAAUUGCUAAAGGUCUUCAGGGAAGAGAAGCGGGCUCUGCCUCAGGCACUGCAAGAGGCUGUCCCCUGUCCCUAAAUUGCUCCUUUUUCUUUUUUUUUUAAACUUUCAAAAGAAUCUUAUUAAACCCGGAA